CCCAAAAGAAAAAGCUAAACCAAAAACCCUCCUCCCAUUUCCACUCUCCGCCAUCCUCUCCAAAAUCUGAAGCUCCGUCCAUGGCGGCGACUCUCUUCUCCUCCCCCACCCCGAAUUUCCCCAAAACCCUAACUCCCAAAAUCCAACCCCCAUUCUCCUCAUCCCUUCUCCUCCGAUCCCACCGCAAAACCCUAGCCCCCAUUCCCCCGAAACCCUCGCUCCCCCUCCUCAGAGUCUCCUCCUCCUCCUGCGACGCCGCGCCGCUCACGCCCACGCCCCGCACCCUCAAGUCGCGGCUCGCCGCGGGGGAGACGCUCUACGGGCUCUUCCUCCUCUCCUCGUCCCCGACCCUCGCGGAGAUCGCGGGGCUCGCGGGCUACGACUACGUGGUCGUGGACCUGGAGCACGGCCCCGGCGGCGUCGGCGACGCGCUCCCCUGCCUCCGCGCCCUCGCCGCCGCGCGCACCCCGGCGCUCCUCCGCCUUCCGGAGCCCUCCGCCGCGUGGGCCAAGAAGGCCCUCGACCUCGGCCCCCAGGGCCUCAUGUUCCCCAUGGUCGACUCCCCCCGCGCCGCCGAGCUCGCCGUCUCCUACUGCCGCUUCCCCCCGCGCGGCGUCCGCGGCUCCGCCCACACCGUCGUGCGCGCCUCCGCCUACGGCCUCGACGACGCCUACCUCGCCCGCUGCGAGGACGACCUCCUCAUCGCCGUCCAGGUCGAGUCCGCCCCCGCCGUCGCCGCGAUCGAGUCCAUCGCCGCUGUCGACGGCGUCGACGUCGUGCAGAUGGGCCCUCUCGAUCUCAGCGCCAGCAUGGGCUACCUCUGGGACCCCGGCAACCGCAAGGUCAGGGAGGCGCUCAAGGACGCUGAGCGGAGAGUGUUCGCCGUGCGCAACAACAACGGCGGCGGCGGCGGCCCCUAUCUGGGGGGUUUUGCGAUGCCGCACGACGGAGCGGAGCAGCUGAAGCUGAGGGGCUACCACAUGGUGGCGGGGGCGGUGGACGUGGGGAUGUUCCGCGCCGCUGCAGUGGAGGACGUGCGGAGGUUCCGCUCCGCGGUGGCGGAGAUCGGGGAGGAGGACGACGGCGACGACAAGCCCAAGGACGAGGAGUACUGGAGCGAGUGACGAGAAUUUGACGAUCCGAGCAACCGAAUCAAUGCGUGUGAGCAAUAAUAGCACCCUGGUAAUGGACUUUGCACUUUCUCUUCCUUUUCUUUUUGGUGUUCAUUUGGAUUAGCAUUUUAGUUUUCUUUUUUCUUCUUAUUAUUGUGCGUAGAGAUCUCAGCAAUAAAUGAUUCUUCAUAAUAAUUCAAGACCUUAGUUAA